AUCAUUUGCUAGAGCUGCUUCUCCAAGAGAGUAUCUUUUUAUUAGGGUUCUCCUUGCCGUCUCCUACACCAUUGCCUUCAGCAUUUGCAUCUACAUCCUUCCCACUUUCCUGCCCAACAAAGUUAGGGCUCUAAGCCCUGGCCAUGCAAGGCAAUUCACAUGAUCUACAGAGAACAAGGCACUCGCUCUGUCAACGUCUUGUCUUCUUGCUUCCCUCCUUCUGGACUUUGGGGAUUUUCCAUGGAGUCAAAAUAACUAUGUAAGUGGCAGUUGCCUUCCUGUCUAUAGUCUCCCACAUUGGAGUGGAACCAGAGGGGAAGAGAGAAGAUAAGAAACAAGGACAGAUUACACCAUGACAUUUCAGCCUCCUUAUUCCCCCAGCCUCUUCAGAAAAGGGGACAAAAAUCGGCUCCGGUUUGGGUUUUGCCAGCCUCCAAAGUCCUCUUUGGAAAUGCCAAUUGGCACAAGAAAGUGCUGAACUGUUUACAGUCCCUGACUAAGGUUCAGGGAGGGGAUGUGGUUUAACUGGGCCACAAAGCCCAGUACAGGACUCAUUUGCAUGGCCCCUGACGCCAUGUGACGCAGCUGGCUCCUCCUAUAUAAAGAAGCAGGAGCCGAAAUUAUCUCUGAGUCUGGGUUGGACUGGCUGCUGUGGAGUUUGUGACAUACUAGGUGACACCCUUGGAGUCACUUCUCUUCAACUCCAGCUUAGAAGUGCCUGCCUGGCUCAGGGUCUGCACUGCAGCCUACUCCUUGCUUCAGGGCCUGACUGCAACGCCAAAGCCUAUCCUAUAGCGGCGCGCCAGCAGCCACUCAAACCAGCCACAGCUCCCCGGCAACCGAACCAUGAACACCGAAAUGUAUCAGACCCCCAUGGAGGUGGCGGUCUAUCAGCUGCACAAUUUCUCCAUCUCCUUCUUUUCUUCUCUGCUUGGAGGGGAUGUGGUUUCCGUUAAACUGGAUAACAGUGCCUCCGGAGCCAGUGUGGUGGCCCUAGACAACAAGAUUGAGCAGGCCAUGGACCUCGUGAAGAACCACCUGAUGUACGCUGUGAGAGAGGAGGUGGAGGUCCUAAAGGAGCAGAUUCGUGAGCUGCUUGAGAAGAACUCCCAGCUGGAGCGCGAGAACACCCUCCUGAAGACGCUGGCAAGCCCCGAGCAACUGGAAAAGUUCCAGUCCCGGCUGAGCCCUGAAGAGCCAGCACCUGAAGCCCCAGAAACCCCGGAAACCCCGGAAGCCCCUGGUGGUUCUGCGGUGUAAGUGGCUCUGUCCUUAGGGUGGGCAGAGCCACAUCUUGUUCUACCUAGUUCUUUCCAGUUUGUUUUUGGCUCCCCAAGCGUCAUCUCAUGUGGAGAACUUUACACCUAACAUAGCUGGUGCCAAGAGAUGUCCCAAGGACAUGCCCAUCUGGGUCCACUCCAGUGACAGACCCCUGACAAAGAGCAGGUCUCUGGAGACUAAGUUGCAUGGGGCCUAGUAACACCAAGCCAGUGAGCCUGUCGUGUCACCGGGCCCUGGGGGCUCCCAGGGCCUGGGCAACUUAGUUACAGCUGACCAAGGAGAAAGUAGUUUUGAGAUGUGAUGCCAGUGUGCUCCAGAAAGUGUAAGGGGUCUGUUUUUCAUUUCCAUGGACAUCUUCCACAGCUUCACCUGACAAUGACUGUUCCUAUGAAGAAGCCACUUGUGUUCUAAGCAGAAGCAACCUCUCUCUUCUUCUCUGUCUUUUCCAGGCAGGGGCAGAGAUGGGAGAGAUUGAGCCAAAUGAGCCUUCUGUUGGUUAAUACUGUAUAAUGCAUGGCUUUGUGCACAGCCCAGUGUGGGGUUACAGCUUUGGGAUGACUGCUUAUAAAGUUCUGUUUGGUUAGUAUUGGCAUCGUUUUUCUAUAUAGCCAUAAUGCGUAUAUAUACCCAUAGGGCUAGAUCUAUAUCUUAGGGUAGUGAUGUAUACAUAUACACAUACACCUACAUGUUGAAGGGCCUAACCAGCUUUGGGAGUACUGACUGGUCUCUUAUCUCUUAAAGCUAAGUUUUUGACUGUGCUAAUUUACCAAAUUGAUCCAGUUUGUCCUUUAGAUUAAAUAAGACUCGAUAUGAGGGAGGGAGGGGAGACCAGCCUCACAAUGCGGCCACAGAUGCCUUGCUGCUGCAGUCCUCCCUGAUCUGUCCACUGAAGACAUGAAGUCCUCUUUUGAAUGCCAAACCCACCAUUCAUUGGUGCUGACUACAUAGAAUGGGGUUGAGAGAAGAUCAGUUUGGACUUCACAUUUUUGUUUUAAGUUUUAGGUUGUUUUUUUUUGGUUUUGUUUGUUUGUUUGUUUGUUUGUUUUUGUUUUUUGUUUUUCUUUUUUUUAAGUUCUUGUGGGAAACUUUGGGGUUAAUCAAAGGAUGUAGUCCUGUGGUAGACCAGAGGAGUAACUAGUUUUGAUCCCUUUGGGGUGUGGAAAAUGUACCCAGGAAGCUUGUGUAAGGAGGUUCUGUGACAGUGAACACUUUCCACUUUCUGACACCUCAUCCUGCUGUACGACUCCAGGAUUUGGAUUUGGAUUUUUCAAAUGUAGCUUGAAAUUUCAAUAAACUUUGCUCCUUUUUCUAAAAAUAAA